AUGCGCAUUGGACGAUUCAGUGCAAGAGAGACAGUAUAGAUUACAAUCGCACGGAAAGUGUAAGACGGCGGAUUUAGAUUCGUUUGGGCGGAUUGUGAAGACGAUUGCCAACGCUUUAUGCUCGAGGAAGAGCUAUAGUGCGGACUUCUCUACUUUUCCGGAGUUCUAAGGAUUGUGAAAGCUGUCUAGAGCAGACAGAUCGACGAGAUUAUUCAACCACCAACGCCAGUUAGACCAGCGAAACUAUACGCGCCCAGCUAAAUUAAAAACAAAGAUGUCGGGUCCUAUGUCUAGGCUUCAAAGCCUGGUUAAUCAUUUAUUGCCUUCUUCUACAACAACAGCAUCUCCUGCGACUGCAUUGUCACCGCCGGCCCCCAAACAUCACAUUCAUACCCUCUCACCUACAUUUUUCCUUCCCCGCGCAGCAGCCAUUGAACCUGAUGCCCCAGCUAUCCAUCACGUUACAGCAAAUGGUCAAACGAUUACACGAUCAUAUCAAGAAUUUGCAGAUCGUUCUCGUGGUUUAGCAUAUUAUCUCAAAAAACAAAAACUUUCCCGCAUAGGGAUAUUAUGUCCGAAUACUCCUGCUUUUCUCGAAAGUAUAUUUGGUGUAGCGGCUGCUGGAGCUAUACAUGUAGGGGUUAAUUACCGGUUAAAGGAGGAGGAUAUUAUUUAUAUUUUUGAGUUUGCCAAGGUGGAUUGUAUUAUUGUGGAUAGGGAGUUUGUGGGAUUGUUGGAGGGCUUUAGGGAGAGGAACAAAAGCGCUAGGAUUAUUGUUGAUGAGGAUACUGAUAAAGAUGAAGGGGAAUUUGAUCAGGUGGUUUUGGAGGGUUUGAAAUAUGAUGGGGAAAAUGGAGGAAAGGGAUGGGAUGGAUUACAUGCACAGGCUGAUGAUGAAGAUGCCACGAUUGCAAUUCCUUUUACGAGUGGGACGACGGCGAAACCAAAGGGAGUGGUUUAUACGCAUCGAGGUGCUUAUCUUGCGUCUUUGGGAAAUGUGGUGGAAUCGGGAUUGAAUUUUCAUAAAGGGAGAUGUGGAUAUCUUUGGACACUCCCUAUGUUCCAUGCAGUUGGAUGGACUUUUCCUUGGGCUGUAACGGCCGUCAGAGGCACCCAUUUUUGUCUUCGCAAAAUCGACUACCCUUUAAUAUGGAAUUUAUUAAAAUCCCAACCCGUUACCCAUUUCAACGCCGCACCUACAGUAAACACACUCCUCUGCGCCUCAAAAGAAGCUACCAAACUCCCAAAUCCAGUCCGCGUCACAGUCGCCGCAUCACCACCUACAGCUCAUCUCUUCGAAACCAUGACAAACCUCAAUCUCAUCCCAGUUCACGUUUAUGGUAUGACAGAAACCUACGGUCCCAUCACAAAAGGCUAUCACAUGCCCAUCUGGGAAGACCUCCCCCAGAAGGAAAAAUAUGCCCGCAUGGCUCGUCAAGGCCACGGUUUCCUCACCUCACUCAACAUCCGCAUUAUCAAACCCGAUCAACCCGCCGGUAAACUCAUUGAUGUAGCUCGCGACGGUCAAGAAAUCGGUGAAAUCAUCUUUGUAGGAAAUAUCUGUGCAAAGGAAUAUUAUAAUGAUCCAGAAGCAACGGCAAAAUUAUUCGCCGGCGGUGCAUUACAUAGUGGUGAUCUGGCUGUUUGGCACGAGGAUGGAAGUGCCCAGAUUUUGGACCGCGCGAAGGAUAUUAUUAUUAGCGGUGGCGAGAAUAUAAGUAGCGUAGCUUUGGAAGCGAUGCUGGUUCAGCAUGAGAAGGUACUAGAGGCGGGUGUGGUGGCGGUUAAGGAUGAGAAGUGGGGAGAGGUUCCGGUGGCUUUUGUUACGGUUAGGGAUGGGGAUGGUGAUGCGGGCGCGGAAGGAGGAAAACCUAAACUUAAAGGCGAAGAUGUGGUUAAAUGGGCAAAGGAGGAAAGCAGUAUUAGUAGAUUUAUGGUUCCGAAGGAGGUGGUUGUUGUGAAGGAGUUGCCGAAGACGAGUACGGGGAAGGUUAAGAAAAAUGUUUUGAGGGAGUGGGCGGGGGGGAAUUGGGAUGCGAGAUAGUGGGAGGGUGACGGUGAGGUUGUUUGUAAUGUUCGAGGGUAAUUGAGGGUAAUUGAGUGGUCUUUAAAGGGUUGAUGGGAUUAUAUAACUCGUUGAUAGGGAUGACCAGAUUUCUUGAUUCGGUUGAGUUGAUAUAAUGUGAUAUGAUUUGGUGGAAUAUAAGAUAUGAGAUUGAUUAAGGGGUAGAUUGAUCAAACUCCACUAUAACUUUAUCUAUAAUAAAUGAAUAUCAAGUUUUGAAAG